UAAUACCAUCUUAAUCUAACCUUUAAAAAAUGAACUAAAAUUUCAUUCAUUGUAAAAAAAAAAUAACAAAAUAUUAAUGAUUAUAAAGUAAAUAUGUUUUCAUUAUUGGCUGAAUUACAUUUAUGGAAUUCAACAGAUGUAGAAGUCAGCUCAAAUGAUUUUGGUGCUAUAAGGCAAAAUGAAAAGAAACCUAAAAAUGAUUCAUUACUUGAAGAGGGUAAAUGGUCGUAUUGUGAGAAACGUCGUGGGCAUACAUCGUUAAGUCGUAAGAAUACCAAAUUUAAAGAAUUGGAGGAAUGUUUGCAACAAAAUCGAAUUGUUUACUCUAAAUGGCAAACAAAUAGUAUUUUCCAGUUGGUAUUUUCAACAGGAUUAAUUAUAACAGUUGAAAUUGACACACAUACUUGUGUUAUUGAACGUAUUGUUUUCGAUCAGUUUUUUGUUGGCAAAUUGGAGUCCGAUAUCAUUCACGAUGUGUUAAUUUUAAAAUCGCAUAUUUUAUUUGCGUUACACGAUAAUAUGAUAACGCUAGCACAUUUAAGCAAGCCAUUAAAGAAACGUGAAAUGCCUGGAAAAUUGAGUAAAUCAGAAGUACAAAUUCAUACACAAGAAUUAACAGGAUUGCUUGGAAAAUGUAAAAUGAAUUCAAAUAUCAAUGGAGACUUAAUUGCAAUAUGGCGAAUGUAUAACGGAGAUGAAGUACAACCAUGGACUCCAUCCAAUCGUGAUCAAACUCACGCAAAUAUUCAUAUUUAUACAUUAACCAGAACUAAAUUGGAUUUAAUUUGUUUAUAUCGUACUGAGUUUGAUCCAAUUUGUGUCACAUAUAGUUUAUUAAAUACAAAUAUUUUGCAUUCAGUAGAACAAAAAAUUUCCGGAAAAGGUGUGGUAACAAUUGAAAUUUGCUCAUAUGAAGUGCAAAAAACUCAAUUGUCACGAACAAUAGUAACAUCUAUACCAUUACAGAAGCAAGUUUGUUGUCAUUUUUUUCAUUCCGCAAAUCGAAAACUGGUAUUAGGAUGUAUUGACGGAUCAAUUGUUCUGUUUGAUCAAGGGAAAGGAACUACACUCAUGGUUAAAAUGGCUUUCAUUCCAACAAUGAUAACACUCAAUCAUGAUGGAUCCGUAAUUUUAGCGGCCAAUGAACAAAGUCAAUUACAAUUUUUUGAUGUAGCCUUAAAUAAUUUAAGUGUCCAGAUGGUUGGUAACGAGUCAUCGACAAUAAGUAUCCUGGAUUUUUCUGAAUAUUACAAAUCACGUCAAACGUUAACAAAAUUACUUUGGAAUUUGAAGCCAGAACAUCCACCAUUAAAUUCUAAAAAGUUCACUGAAACUGAUACUGUAAUUUUAAUGCUUUAUGAGCGUGGUAUAUUUGCUGCUUUAAAAUUAGUGAGUAAUGCCGGUGCAAGGAGUAAUGUUUGUGAGUUAGGAUAUACUCCGGAUGUAAUGAUUCAUCAAUAUUUGAAAAUGGGUCAAAUUGAUAAGGCAAUUAAUGUGUUGCUGUCUUUAGAUUGGAAUUUUUGGGGAACAAUUUGUUUAAUAUCGUUGAAUCGAAUUUUUAAUCAUCUAUAUCGACAGAAAUUUACAUCUGAAAUUGAAGGACAAAUGCAAAUGGCAUUAAGUAGUUUUUGGGCACCUGUGAAGCCACAUUGUCAAGAAGUAAUUGAAGAAUAUGAGGGUAGUGUAAAAAGUUUAUCAAGGCGAUUUUUUCAUUUAUUAUUAAGGCAUCAAUUAUUUGAAAAAGCGUUUUGUUUAGCUAUCGAUAUUGGUGAUCAUGAUUUAUUUAUGGAUAUGAAUUAUUAUGCAUGGACUAUUAAGGAUUAUGAAAUGGCUAUUGCGGCUAAAAAUAAAGCAAUUGAACUUUUAAAAGAAUAA